UCUAAUCCUCCAAAAUCGUCAACUUCAAAUAUUCACUUCAUCCUUUGAUUGAUAAAAUCUUGAUUGAGAGCUUUGUUUCACCUUGGGAUAAAUGUAAUCUUCUUCUUCUCUUGAAUUCGUCGCUCGGAUCUAUAUUCUCUUCUAUGGAAUUUGAGUAUUGUGAUAACUGAUGAUAUUUUCGUGCCCUAGCUAAGUCUUCUCAUUUUAAAAGGAAUUUAAAUCACAUAAAAUAGGGCCAACACAACAAAUUCUGCAUGUGGUCGAGGUUAUAUCUACCAGGUAGACUCUUUGCAUUGGCACGUCACUUUUCGACCUGAUUGGGUGAAAUUGUGGAUUGGAUCCACCUGGCUCAGGUGAAUCUGUGGAACGACUGAGCGUCAAAUGACUCCUCGACCAAGUGAAUUUAUGGAGUCUCUAGGUUGCACCACAACAUGACAUGUCCGGAUGACUUUGCAGAUUGCUUCCACCUGACCCAGGUCAACACUCCAGAUUUUCGCCCGACGACUGUUCUUUCAUAAUUUUCAUCCAUUUUAACAUUUUCUACAUAUAUACUUAACAGACUUGUCAUUUAACCAAUUGAUAUAUAAUUAACAUAAAAAUAAAAUUCAAGCUAUAAAACUCAACAAUAAUCUACUCCUCCGUUCCGUGGUAGUGAAUGCGUUUCUUUUCGGUACGCGAUUUAAGAAAAAUUGUGUAUAAGUGAGUUAAAUAAAAGUAGAAUAAAGUAGGAAAUGAAAAAAGUAGAGAAAUGAAUAGAGAAUAAGUAAAUGAGAAGAAAUGUGUUGACUUUUACUAGAAAUGGAAACGACUCUAUUACUAUGUAACGUAUUAAAAUAACAAAAUUACUCUACUGCUAUAAAACGGACAGAGGGAGUACGAAAUAACAAGUUUAUUAAAGAGUAACAAUUAAUAUUACUACAAGUAACAAUGAGUACCACAGAGGGGAUCUGAAGAUAAUACUAAAAAUGUCAUGGGAAAAAUUCUAAUAAUUAUAUACAUUUGAUUUAACUUUGGAUUGCUUGUUAAAUACUCACAAAGGGGUCGGUCCAUUUGCUAACGCCGCAAUCCGGCGGCCCCCGUUACCCGGCUUCCAAAUUCCAAUUCCAAUUCCAAUUCCAAUUCCAAUUCGAAUCUCUCGUUUCUUAAUCAUAAUUCAUACAUUUAAUUUUGGAGUAAUUAAUAAGCUAGUGCUACAUCAUUACACAGCACCACUUAAAUAUCUGGGAAAUUCAAUCAAAUUAGGAGUAUUAUACUCUAUUUUCCAAUUCUGCUCCUCCCUCGUUCUGGUUGGGGAACAGAUUGAUCGGCUUUCAGAAUUCAGAUACUUGUUUAAAACCUGCUUUACUUCAUCAAUUUCUCAGCCAGCGGAGCUGGAUUUGGCUGCUGAGUUGAGUGGAAGAUUUUAAUGAGGUAUUGAGAUAGUGGAGUGUGAAGAUGAGUGAAAGCAACAAGUAUCAGCUGGGGACUAUUGGAGCAUUGAGUCUUUCAGUGGUUUCAUCUGUUUCCAUUGUCAUAUGCAACAAGGCGCUCAUUAGCACUCUUGGCUUCACUUUUGCUACAACUCUUACUAGCUGGCAUCUUCUUGUUACUUUUUGCUCCCUUCACAUUGCUCUAUGGAUGAAAUGGUUUGAACACAAGCCAUUUGAUCCAAGAGCUGUCACGGGAUUUGGAAUUCUCAAUGGAACAUCCAUUGGGCUUUUAAAUCUUAGCCUGGGUUUCAACUCUGUGGGUUUCUAUCAGAUGACAAAAUUGGCAAUUAUCCCAUGCACUGUUCUUUUAGAGACUAUUUUCUUCAGAAAAUUGUUCAGUAGGAAUGUACAAAUUUCACUAGUUGUUCUUCUCAUGGGUGUUGGGAUUGCAACUGUGACUGAUUUGCAGCUUAAUGUCCUGGGUUCAGUCUUGUCUCUGCUUGCAAUUGUAACAACUUGUGUUGCACAAAUCAUGACAAAUACCAUACAGAAGAAGUUCAAGGUUUCUUCAACCCAACUUCUGUAUCAAUCUUGUCCCUAUCAGGCAAUCACUCUUUUUGUAACUGGACCGUUUGUGGAUGGGCUUCUGACGAAGCAGAAUGUAUUUGCUUUCAACUACACUCCUCAAGUGCUGGCAUUUAUUGUCCUAUCCUGCUUAAUGUCAGUUUCCGUGAACUUCAGCACUUUUCUUGUAAUCGGAAAGACUUCACCAGUAACUUAUCAGGUCCUAGGGCAUUUGAAAACAUGCCUUGUUUUAGCAUUUGGUUAUGUUCUUCUUCGAGACCCCUUUAGUUGGCGGAACAUUUUAGGAAUCUUGAUUGCUAUCGUGGGGAUGGUACUGUACUCGUACUGUUGCUCUAUCGAGAGUCAGCAAAAGGCCAGUGCUGAAGCAGCACAAAUAUCCCAGGCCAAGGAAGCCGAAUCCGAUCCUCUUUUAAGUGCUGAAAACGGUGGAGUUCUUGCUGAGGGUGCAAGGGCGCCGGAAUGGAACUCAAACAAGGACCUGCACGUGUAAAACUUGGGUGGCAUCAACUCGCUUAACUGGUUUGCGUGGAAGCAACUGUAGCAGCGACGAUGACGAUGCUGGAAGGGACACUAUGGAUUGUGUAAUUGAAUAGAUUGAGAGCUGAAUGAGUUGUGUUUCCAGUCAAACAGUUUUGUAUACUCGGAAGUGUGCUAAUACAGAAUAGAUUCUCUUUCAAUCACCAAAUGUUGCAAGCUUAAUAAGUAGAUUUAAUUGGUGGGAAGUUCCUCGAGUUUGGUUGAAAAUUUAAAUAUUUUAUGCUAGAUUCGGUUUAUUUGGAA